GUUUUGCUCGGCAAGUAAAUGGAGUCUCCGCAGCUUUCAGCUGCAGACUCAGAGCGCAGGAAUGAACUGGAGGAAGGGGGCGGAGCUUCCUCUGUAACAGUGUGUGAUGUGGAUCCAAAAGUACCAUAUGUGAAGAAUGACCCAUGGUCAUGCGCCAGCUCCUCUGACAAUGAGGAGGAGGAUAAUGAAGGCAAGAAGAAGAAGAAAAAGCUGAAGAGGAAAAGAAGCAAGAAAUCCAGCUCCUCUUCCUCAUCAUCCACGUCAUCUUCCUCUUCCUCAUCAGACAGUGACAGCGGUGAGGAAGAAAAGAAGAAAGAGAAAUGGAAAGGAUGGAGUCCCCUGACAGAGAACACGAUUGUGGAAGGUCUGGAGCGACUCACUGAAUUCACUCUAGCUGGAGAAAACAAAACAGACAAGAAGAAGAAGAAACGCAAAGAUUGCCAUGCAGCCACUUCAGACAGUGAGGAUGAAAAGAAGAAGAAGAAGAAGAAAUCAUCAUCAUCUGACAGUGAAGAUGAUGAGAAGAAGAAGAAGAAGAAAGCAAAGAAUUCAUCAUCGAGUAGCUCUUCAUCAUCUUCUGACAGUGAAGAUGAAGAUAAGAAGAAGAAGAAGAAGAAAAAAAGAAGAAGAAGAAGAAGAAGAAGAAGAAGAAGAAGAAGAAAGUAAAGGAUUCAUCAUCGAGUAGCUCUUCAUCAUCAUCUGACAGUGAGGAUGACAAGAAAAAGAAGAAGAAGAAGAAAAAGAAGAAGAAGAAGCAGCUGAAGGAUUCAUCAUCGAGUAGCUCUUCAUCAUCAUCUGACAGUGAGGAUGACAAGAAGAAGAAGAAGAAGAAGAAAAAGAAGAAGAAGAAGCAGCUGAAGGAUUCAUCAUCGAGUAGCUCUUCAUCAUCAUCUGACAGUGAGCAUGACAAGAAAAAGAAGAAGAAGAAGAAGAAGAAGAAAAAGAAGAAGAAGAAGCAGCUGAAGGAUUCAUCUUCAUCAUCCAGCAGCUCCUCUUCCUCUGACAGCAGCAAUGAAGACAAGAAGAAGAAAAAGAAGAGGAAGAAGAAGAAGCAGCUGAAAAAGAAGGACUCAAACUCUUCAUCAUCAUCUGAUAGUGAAAAAGGGAAGAAGGACAAGAAAAAGAAGAAAGACAAGAAGAAGAAAAAAGACAAGAGAGAAAAGAGUCCCAGUUCUGGAUCUGACAGUGGAGGAAAGAAAAAGAAGGACAAAAAAAAGCAGAAGCAGAAAGCAGAAACAGAUGCUGAUGGGGCUAAUCUAGAGGAUAAAGGAGAAUCUGGUGGUUUGGGUACACUCAGAGAUGACAGCAGUGGCAUUCAGAUUUCUUCAUCUCUUCAUUCAACCUUCUCUCCGUCUGAAGCACUGAGCACAACGGAGAACAGCAGCGCCACCAACAGGCUACGGUUUUAGAGAGUCUAAUGGGAAAAUAGACCUCGCAUGACAUCCACACACACCGUCUCACCCAUAUGAAACACAGAAAAGUGCCGUGCCUGUACCAUGUUGUUUAGUGUUGGUGUUUUAUCUUUGUCAUGAUGAUAGCAAAUCAUUUUUGACUUAGGAUACUAGUAUUCAGCUCAAGGGACGUUUAAAUGCUUAACUGGGUUAAUCAGGGUAAA